AAAUCUCGCGGUAUUUCAAGUGUUGUUUUUGCUUUUUAGAUGUCAAUUAGUGAUGAAGAUGCUGAUAAUCCUCUACUGGAAAGAAAAUAUUCCAUAACUCGUGAAAUUUAUACUAUGGACAAAUUUCUACAACACUAUCCUAAAUCGCCAGAAGUACAAAAAUCAUUUUCGCCAUAUAAGAUUUUGAAAAAAUGCACUUGUUCGAAACUCGCCAGCCUCCUAUCCUUUGUUUUCCCAUUUUAUUCUGUUUUGGCUCCUUUUUACAACCUACAAUCAUUUUUAUCAGAUCUGGUUGCUGGCUUAACACUUUCAAUAGUCCAUGUACCCCAAGGAAUGGCAUAUGGUGUUUUAGCCGGAGUAAAACCAAUCAAUGGAUUGUACACCUCAUUUUUUCCUGCUCUGAUUUACUUCUUUUUUGGGACUUCACGCCAUGUCUCUAUAGGUACAUUUUCUGUUGUUUCACUUUUAACGGCUGAUCCUGUUGAUAGAUUAACAUCAUUAUUCGAUGUAAACAAUCAUUCUUUAGAAAAAUAUGAUAUUUUUAAUGAAAAACAAAUAGAUGAUUUUCGUUUAACUGUUGUUAUAACAGUUUGUAUUUUGACUGGAUUAUUUCAAGUCGCUUUGGGUAUUCUUCGUCUUGGUGUACUAGUAGUUUAUAUAUCGGAACCAUUAUUAAGUGGCUUUACUUGUGCAUCUGCUGUUCAUGUGUUCACUAGUCAAUUAAAUGGAUUAUUUGGUAUACGGUUAAAUCGUGCUACAGGACCUUUCCGUGUUUUUUAUAUAAUUAAUAAUUUUAUUCAUAUUAUCAAAGAAACUAAUCUUGUUACAUUAUUAAUAUCAAUGAUAUGUAUUACAAUUAUAUGGUGUUUUAAACAUUUUAUCAAUCCAAAAGUUUCAGCUAUACUACGCUUUACAAUUCCAAUUGAAUUAAUUGUGCUUACUGCUGGUACUGUUAUAUCAAAAUUUGGUCUAUUAAAUCAACGUUAUGGGGUGUCGAUUGUCGGUGAAAUUCCUGUAGGUUUACCAUCACCCGUAUUACCGGAUAUUCGACUAGUACCAGAAGUUUUAAUGGAAUCAAUCAUUGUAUCGUUUGUUUCAUUAGCUACAACAAUUUCUUUAGUUAAAUUAUAUGCAAAGAAAGGUGGUUAUAAUGUUGGUUAUACUCAAGAACUGAAUGCACUAGGCUUGUCCAAUGUAAUAUCUGGAUUUUUUCGUUGUCAACCCUCGUCUGGUGCUUUGGCUCGGACUUCAGUUGCUAGUAACGUUGGAAUGUGUUCUCAAGUUGCUUCUUUGAUUUCUUGUUGUAUUCUUUUACUUGUUAUUACUGUGAUUGGACAAUUUUUACAAACUGUUCCAAAGUGUAUCUUAUCAUCAAUUAUUGUCGUAUCGCUUGAAAGUAUCUUCUUACAAAUUAUGGAUUUACGUGCAUUAUAUCGUGUUUCCAUAUAUGAUAUGCUUAUAUGGCUUGUAACAUUCAUGGCCACCGUGUUUAUUGAUGUCCCGAUAGGUUUAUUAACUGGUUUGUGUUUCUCCCUACUAACGGUAUUAUAUCGUACACAAUCGACAUAUUAUUAUGAACUUGGGCAAAUUCCCAACACAAAUAUUUAUGUUGAUUUAAAGAGAUAUGACGAAGCUAUAAAACUUCCCAAUAUUCUUAUAUUAAAAUAUGGUGGUCCAUUGUAUUAUGCCAAUUCAGAAUCUUUUCAAAAUUGGAUUUAUCAAAUGACCAAUAUUAAUCCACAUAAAUUGAUUAAACAACGUCAACGUAUCACACAACAAUUGGACCGUAAGCAACAACAACAACAACAAAAACAACAACUUAAUGAAGAAAAUCUGAAUCAGUAUCAAGAUAAUAGACAUAAACGAUUGUCUUUUGUUAAAAAUGUAAUGAAACGAGUCAAGUUGAAUAAAAAGAAAGAUUGUGGUAAAUUUCCACAUAUUUCACAACUUACGACGGAUAUUAAUGAUAGUAAAAAUGACGAUGAUCUUACUGGUCAAUUGAAAUUUAUUAUCUUAGAUAUAUCAUCAUGGAUUUAUUUGGAUUUUGUUGGUAUGAGAACUAUUACUGAUAUAAUUAAAAGUUAUGCUGAAUUAGAUAUUCGUAUAUUAUUCACUAUAUGUGAUCCACAAAUUUAUACAGUAUUAAUAAGCGAUAAUUUAACAUCAUCACAAAUUCAACAUAAUUCAUUUAUUAGUAUACAUGAUGCUGUAAUCUAUUGUCAAAAUAUACUUUCUACUACUACUGUUACUAGUCAUAAUAAUAAUAAUGAUAAUUCAAAGAAUUCAAUAGAAGACAAAACUAUAAAUUUACCCAUUCAAAAUAUCCCAGUGACUUAUUGUAAUUCAACAGUUACAGUAGAUAUUAUUACAGAUAAAUUAUGAUUACCAACUGAAUUAUAAAAAAGAAAAAUUAUUCUCUAUCGUUGUUUAAUUUUCAUUAGAAAUCAAUCGGUUCUCAUGGUGUAGCUGCCUUAAUCUUAAAGCUUCUUCUUCUUGUCAUUAUCAUCAUCAUUAACCUACAGAUCAAUAAGGUAAAUCAACAAAAUAGAUUCUUUUUCAUUCUAUCCUUUUCUAGUUUUUUUCUCUUUUUUCUUAGUUCAUGUAUUUGUUGAGUUUUUUUUCUUUUUUUCUUUUGUUUAGUUUUUCUUUUAAAAAAAUAAAUUUAUUCGAAUUGUAUAUUUACGAAACAAUGAGAAAGUGACUUUCUUACAUUUUCCUCAAUUGUGCAUUUUAUUACUUCCAAUCAAUGAUGGUUAUGUGUAUAUUUGUAGUGUUUAUGAAUUUCUUUUCUUUUUGUUUGUUUGUUUGUUUAUUUAUUGUUAGUUGUUUAUUCAUUAAUUAAUUAAUCUAUUUAUUAUGUUGUUAGUAGUAUGUUUUUACAUUUUUCUUCAGUUUUAUAUGAGUAUCUAUUUGUUUAUUACGUAUGAUUUGGUUAAUAUAUUUGUAUAUUAUUCUAAUGUAUAUGAUCAGCUUAAUUGAAUAGAUUGAUUUGUCUAGAAAAUACAUCGAUAGCUGGAUUUUG